AUGAAAACUGGAAGAGAUACCUCUGACGCUCCCGUGAGAAAACUCAGUCAAUCAUUCAAGCUCGAUCAUGUUGGUGGAAGGAGUAUCACUUCGAAGCAGGUAUUUUUCGUAAAACAUGGGGGGAAGAAUGGUAAUGUGGAGGUUUAGGUGUUAUUGACAACCAUAGAAAACAUCAUUUCCACUCAUGCAAAACUCAAAAGAUCUAAAGAUGCCCAUUGGAAAGCAUUUGUGUCUGCAGCUAUGAAUGAAAAAAAGCUUCCUGCUUGGUUGAGGUUCGUGAAAUUUAUUGCUCUAGUAAAAAUGCUUUUUUCAUUUAUUCUAUUAUAGGAUAAUUUUUCGAACGAGACAAGUCGUUGAGAUGUGCUACAACUCAUGGAGCUAUGUAGCUAGAACUGGUAGGCUCAACGUUUUUUUUCGUAAUAGAUAAUUCAGUUCAGGUUGCGAGGAAUUAUACACUUUACUCGAAGAUUUGCACAAAUACAGCAUUCAUUUGCCGGUGGAUUUAGCUUUAAGGCCAUUUGAACAAAUAAAAGAUGCGUUUUAA